UUAAAUAAAACUGAACUUGAAAAAGACUUGGGUAUUUAUAAAUCAAAUGAUCUUAAAUGGAAAGAACAUGUCUAUUACGCAAUUGGGAAAGCAAACAAAAACCUAAGCAUGAUUAAAAAGUCUUUUCAGUUUUUAGAGAAAAAAUCACUA